ACCAACCUCCACGCUGGUGCGGCGUGGUCCUCAGAUUUACUGACAUUUAAUAAAAAACUUCAAUAACAAUGGAUGAUGAGGCGGAAACUUAUAAACUUUGGCGAAUACGCAAGACUAUCAUGCAACUAAGCCACGAUCGUGGGUACCUUGUGACCCAGGAUGAAUUGGACCAGACUCUAGAGCAGUUUAAGGAAAUGUUUGGUGACAAACCCAGUGACAAGCGCCCGUCGCGCUCAGAUUUGAUCGUAUUGGUGGCCCACAACGACGAUCCUACUGACCAGAUGUUUGUCUUCUUUCCCGAGGAACCGAAGAUUGGUAUCAAAACCAUAAAGACGUACUGUACCCGCAUGCAGGAGGAAAACAUACAUAGAGCCAUCGUCGUGGUGCAAGGAGGCAUGACUCCCUCGGCCAAGCAAUCGUUGGUCGACAUGGCACCCAAGUAUAUACUCGAACAGUUUCUGGAGUCUGAGCUGCUUAUCAACAUUACAGAGCACGAGUUGGUGCCGGAGCAUGUGGUAAUGACAGCGGAGGAUAAACAAGAGCUACUAAGUAGAUACAAGCUAAAGGAGAACAUGUUGAUGCGGAUCCAAGCGGGAGAUCCUGUCGCGCGCUACUUUGGCCUGAAACGUGGCCAAGUAGUGAAAAUUAUACGUUCCUCUGAAACAGCGGGUAGAUAUAUAUCAUAUCGAUUGGUUUGCUGAGCGACUUGCAGACCGGCUGACAGCUCUUGUAAAAUCAAACAAGCGCAAUAAAAAUAUAUAUUUUCUUUUAAGCUUGCAUUCAGUUUAAAUGAAUAAAUAAUUACAUAU